UAUUUUCGCAGUGUAGUUGAAGUUACGGGAAUACACGGGGAUUUCCCAAUACAAUACAGAACAUGAGUAGUUAGUAAACAAUCGAGGGGAUUUUAGUUUUAGCUCAUAGUUUCGAUGUCUGGAUAGUAUAAAGGAACAACUUGCUGGAAAAAAAACAACAACAUGGAUACGGCAGUUACUAUGGUAACGUCGCCAAUUGCAAGCCUUUCGGGAAGCAGCUUAGCACCUGAAGUGGAAAGAGACGCUUUAAGAGAGAAGGUUGAACAUUUCAAAGUGCUCAUUAGGAAGCUGCAAGAGGAUUUACAGUCUCAUAAAAUUCGGAAAGGGGGAGCAGAGACAGUCUCUAAACUUUUACAGGAAUCGAAACAGGAAAGUGUAGGUUUAAAGAAAAAGAUUGGACAGCUCGAAACUGUGAUAAGAAACUUACAAAGUCGACUGGAAAAACAUGGAUUGUCUACGGAAAUUGUGUUGAAUGAAAAUGAAACGUAUGUUCCCGGACAUUCAAAACGGUUGUUAGAAAACUUGACCCGCGAAAAUUCGAGGUUAAGAAACCUCGCUCGGUCGAAGUCGGGGGAUCCGGAGGAACUAGCAUAUUUACAACAGACCAAUGCAGAUCUCCAACGUGAAAAAAAUGCACUUGAGGCGAAUGUUUUUGAGCUGCAGCAUAUUCUCCAAUCCUCGGACAGCGAGAAGGACCAAACGAUCACGUUGUUACGCGAGGAAUUGGCACAGUGCCAAAACGAGGUCGCGAGUCGGGAAGAGAAAGUUCGACACCUAGCGGAAGAGAGUCGCACGCUCCAGCAGCAGCUAUUUAGCGUGGCUGAACAGUGCCGGCAGCUCGCCCGGAAAUUGGACGAACAGGGAAAAAUUACGACGCCGGAGACAGUUUGCAGCGAGUCGAGUGAUAAUAGCGGCGAGUUGGCGCGCAUGGCAGAGGAAAACAAAUUGUUACGGAAACAGCAUAAGGAGGUGUACGAUAUGAACAGACGCUGGCAGGAACACAACGGCCAACGUGACGCCUACCUAACGCAGUUACAGACAGAACUUGCGCACUUCCGGGCACAAGUGGCGGAGCUCGAGGCGCGUCGGGGAGACCUAGCACCUGACACGCAGGCGGAAGUGAACCAAGUGCUCGACGAGAACAGACGACUCUCAAAAGAAACAGAGCACCACAAACGGUUACUGACCCAGCUAGUCAGUGAAAGAGAUAGGUUUAAACGCGAGUUCGAGAACGCGCAUGAGCAGAUUGGGGGCCUGAAAGCGGAAAUGCGGCAGCUGCGGUCCGCGCCGGCCAUGAAUGGCGGAAGUGGCGGCGGUGGGCGAACGGAUGCGUCGGAAACGAUUGAGGCGCUUAAGGCUCAGAUUCAGAUUUGUACGGAGGAUUUUGAGAGCGAGAGACGCGACCGAGAGCGUGCACAGAAUAAGGUGUCCCGCCUGGAAACGGAAACAACGCGACUCAGGAAAGAGAUUGAGUCCCUAAAGCGGUCUAUGUCCAACAUGGCGAAUACCUGGGUAAGUCCCAGGAACGAUUACCCGGCGCCCCGGAACGAGUACUCCGAGGUUCCGUUCCACAAUAACGCUGUCCAGCAAAGCUGUGAGGGUUUGGCCGCGCGCGGCGUGAGCAGCAGCCCUAAACGUGAUGUGCGUCUUAACCUGGACAGAUUCAACGUCAUAGAUGGCGCACACGUGACUAACCCCAGUGACGUCACUAGUCCAACGAUGGAAAGUUACGUUUACGUUGAAAACAGACCCGUCAUUAUGGACAACAUGACUGACAAUACUGAUAGUGGAAAUCCCGGCACCGAGCCCCAAAGUUUUAGACAAGUGUACAAUGUACCGAACGUGCCGGAUCAACGAAUAUACAUUGGGCAAAGCCCGGACCGAAGGGAAAGUAAAGACGAUGAGAAAUUCUUAUCUUUAAAUGCGUCAUCGUUUUCCUCUCACUCUAAAGAUUCUGAUCAUGCGAGAGACAGCGGAUCUCCUCCGAAUUCGAAACGGACAAGUUAUGAUCUAACGACGGAAGUGACGUCAUCAGAUCAGACCAUGCGCCAAACUAUGUCACUUCCGGUAGAAACAAUUCUCAGGUGUCCUUCCUGUGACAAAGGUUUUACAAACACCCAGCAUCCCGAACUUCUUGCACAUAUUGAAAGUUGUUGUGAUUAAUUGUGAUGAUGAAAUAUUUUCAUGGAACCAAC